AUGGAGUUAAAUGCAUAAUAGUUGUCUGAAAUUAAACAAGAACUCAAGAAAUUUUCUUAAAUGCAUAUUUCAAAAUCUUAUAAAUUGAUUACUUAAAUUUAUAAGAGUGAUAUUGAAACUUAAGCUUUAAUUGAUAGUCAAGUAACAAAAAGCAUGGUACGUAUUGGCCAAAAAAAAUAUACAGAAGAUGAUGAGGAGAAAUAUACCAAGGCUAUAAAAAUAUGUAGAAAAUUAGUAAAAUAAUGGAAAUAAUUAAUUUUAACAAAUGAUCAAGCCGCCACUGAUGAUAUUAAAAAAGAUGAACAUUUGAAAAAUGUUUAAAAAAAUAUCUAAAAAUAAAAAUAAGUAAAACCUGAGGAACCUAUAAUUUAAAAAAAAGUAAAAUAAGAGCAAGAGAAAAAAGAUAUUAAACCAAUUUAGCAAAAAAAUGGAAAUUCACUCAAUACAAAGAUCUAAAAUAAUGAUAGUUAAAAUGGAAUUGGUGAACCAGUAGAUGAUGAUAAAAGAAAAAAAGCAAUUGAAGGCCUAAAGAAAUAUUUCUUAUAGUAGACAGAUAAUGAAUAUGCGGAAUGGUCUAAAAAAAUUGAAUAAACAAUUUAUGAUCUUUACAAAUAAUCUGUAUAGAAUUACAUGGAUAAAGUUAAAUCAGUUGUUAAAUUGAUUGAUAGAAAUGCGGAAUUCAGAAAUAGAUUAUUAAAUGGUGAAUACGAUCUUGUGUCUGAAAUUAAAAAAUUAAAAUGA